GUAACUGCGUAAUUCCAAAAAGCAUGGACAAGUCAAGCGCUUUUUGUAUUCAGUUCAACUCUCAUGAAGACAUCAGUCCAAGUGAAGACGGGAGAAAGAGUCUUUUAGCUAUUGGAAUUCUCAAUUGUAUUGUAGCUUUUCCAACCACAGCCUUCAAUUCAUUGAUUAUCUAUGGCAUUGCUUCAACGCCUGUUUUGCAAACACCUUCGUAUAUUUUAUUAGCAAGCCUCGCUCUUACGGACCUUCUAGUUGGGAUGCUAGCACAACCUCUGCAAGCUGCAAUGAUGCUUUACUAUCGCGAUGGAAGUCUCGAAGUGUAUUGCUCGUCCAUUCGGUCUUUCGCAGCAGUAGUUGCAGGUACUGCUGGAGCGGCUUCAAUUGGUACAGUGACUGCGAUUGCCAUCGACAGGUACUUGGCAAUACGAUUGAAGAUUCAGUACAAGUCCAUCGUUACAGUAACAAGAGUUAAAGUAGCUUUGCUUCUGUUGUGGGGAUUCUMUAUUUUGAUGGCGUCUCUUCCAUUUUUUGUCCCUCUUAUACCAAUGAGCAUUCUAGCCAGUUGCUUGGUCUCAAUAUGCUUAAUUGCCACUGUAAUGCUGUAUGCUCUUGCAUUCAAAGCCUUAAAAAGACACUAUGCACAAAUUAACCAACAGAAUAAUGAACCCAAUCAAUCCAGUCCAACCAUUGAUAUCGAAAAAUACAAAAAGCUUCUUAAAACAAUGUUUAUUAUCCUCGUCUUCAUUGUACUGUGCUACUCCGUCAUGGCAGUGAAUAUUGGUCUGUUUUCAAACCAACAUCAACCAAGGAGCAUUCUAUGGGGCUUAAUGAGCAUUGUAGGUUUAAAUUCUACCUUUAACCCAGUGAUAUAUACACUACGAAUGAGAGAUCUUCGGCAUACUUGUAUUAACAUUGUUCGAAAACAUCUCAAGUUGGGGAGGAAACGCCAGUGUACUGGCCGCCCAGCCAAGGAUCCUAAACCACAAGUCUAAAAAUGACUUGGUGAGCAACGAGCCUGGAGAGCUUUGAUCCAAUGCGUCCUAUUGGUGCAAUAACAAGUUUCAAUUAACAAUCUGCAAAAAACUGUUUUGAUGGAGAACGUGCAGAUUGUACUAAGGCCUAUAUAGAGUUGGGAAUUUUGUUAAAGGGACACUGUCAAUGGCACGCAUGCGCGAGUAAACUUGAAAACACUAGGC